AUGUCCCACUACGACACGAAGUUCGACCACUACCAAUACGCCAAGAGCAAGCUGGUGGACAAGAAAUUCAAGAAGACCGUUCAGAGGGUCCUCGUUGCACUUUCAUUCAAAACUCCCAAACGACCAUCGAGUGCUAGCUCGUCCUCUUCCAACUCUGAUCUCAUGGCUCACCAGAUCCCGCCAUCAUGCUCCCGUCCAACGACACUGGAUUUGAAACCUCCCAGCAACACCCACAAAUGUAGUUGGAAGAACAAGAAAAGUGCUCCGUGCACUUGUGAAGUGGCAUGCAGAAGCUUCAAUACCGACCUCAGCAUCGACUACCACGCCGACUACCAAGCCACACAUAUGCCCACCGAUCAUGUUGGCCAGCAAUCAGAUAGACGGUUGUACGGUACGUGUUUAAGUGGUUUGAUCGCGAAACUAGAAAGAAAUUAUCAAUCUUUGAAGACCCAUUCUUCUUUUUGA